ACAUUUUUCAAUACAUCAUCUAUCUUACCACACCUCUAUCAUGUCAGCCGUAGAUGUUCUCAUCAUUGGCGGUGGGCCCGCUGGUCUCUCCGCAGCUACUGCUCUCAGUCGCUUGAUGCACCCCUGCAUCGUGUUCGACCAUGGAGUAUACCGCAAUGCGCGGGCACCCCACAUGCACAACCUCCCGACAUGGGAUCACCAGCACCCAGAGAAAUUCCGUGAAGCAGCACGCAAAGACCUCACGAAUCGCUACAAGACGACCACGUUUGUCCAGGCAAAGGUGGAGAAGAUUACAAAGCUGUCGGACGGAAGCUUCGAGGCGCUGGACAACCAGGGUAAAACUUACAAAGGGAAAAAGGUUGUUUUGGCGACUGGUGUACAAGAUUUGUAUCCAGAGAUUGAGGGUUACGAUGAAUGCUGGGGCCGUGGAAUAUACCACUGUCUGUUCUGCCAUGGCUAUGAGGAGCGCGGUGCCGCCCAGGCCGGCAUUCUUGCUGUUGAGGACAUGGCAGACCUGAUGCAUUCGACUGCUGUAGGCUGCAUGGCCCAGAGGCUGGCUAAGAAGGUCAUUAUCCUAACUCACGGCAACCUAGCUCUAAAACAGGAGAUUCAAGAAGCUUGCAUCGAAAAAGGAUUAGCAGUUGACUCCAGGCGCAUCGUCAGAUUCCGAAAGGUGCCCGGUGAUACUGCUGAUGUAGAGAUUGAAUUCGAAGACGGCGCAAAGGAAGUCUUCGGCUUUAUCGCACACAAGCCAAGGAGCAAGAUCAAUGGACCGUGGGCAGAGCAGCUGGGUGUGGAGCUAACUCCAGGUCUAGACCUGAAAGUGAAUCCACCCUUCAACGAGACAACUGUCCCUGGCGUAUUUGCUGCUGGGGAUUGUGCCAGCCCCUUCAAGAUAGUUGCUGGAGGUCUUUCCAUGGGUCUUUUUGCGGCCAACGGCGCUGCAAUGCAAGUGCAGCAAGAUAAAUGACUUUCCGCUCCGUCCAGUCGGAUUUAGCAGAUUGACAUAAUUGGCAUUUAUAAGCAAAACUGAGAUAACUU